AUGUUUACAUUUGUCGAUUGAGCGGUUGACAGUUUAAAAAGCUUUCAAAAAUUUAUUUACAAAAAAAUUCACAAAGCCGACAACUUUUGCGACAUUUGCUCUUUUUUUUACAAUAAUAAUUACUGUUUAUAGUUUCGUUUCAACUUAUUAUUUACCCAAUUACUGUACAAAUAAUAACAGGAUAAUGUAUUUUCCGUAUUUUUUGAUUUUCUCCAGUUGAUGACGUUGAAACAUAAAAAAUCUUAAAAAUCUCGAGAAAAUGUCGAGUAAAGAUGAAGAAAUUAGUUCAUGGAGAGAACCAAAUAAUCGAGGAAGUUAUGGCAGUACUUCAAGCACUUUAUCGCCAGUUUCGUCUCAAUUGUCCGGAAUUACCGCACAAUCGCUUCUUCAUUUAGAUAAUACAUUUUUUAAUAAUUUCGAUGAAUUGAAUGAAAAAAAUAACGAUGAUGAGGACAAUAUCACGGCAAUUUCUCAGAUCUGCAAGAGUCCAUCGUCGAAACGACAGAAAAAUGAUAAUAACGUUCAAAGAGUUGAACCAACUGAAUUUGAAAUACUUUCAGUGAUUAAUAGUUCAUUUAUUCAUGAAUUGUCGGCAAAUUAUGGUCGCAAUGCAAUCAACAGUCAACUGGACGAUUCGUUUUAUGGUCUUCCGCAAAAAGUUAAAUAUUUAUUCAAAAAAUAUAAAGGAAUCGAUGAACUUUACGCUUGGCAACAAGAGUGUCUUAAUUUAGAGGCAAUAAAAACUAGGAAAAAUUUGAUUUACUCACUGCCGACAAGCGGUGGAAAAACUUUAGUUGCUGAAAUUUUAAUGCUGAGAGAACUCGUGCGCAAUAAAAAAAAUGUUAUAUUUGUUCUUCCUUAUGUCGCGAUUGUUCAGGAGAAGGUUCAGUCAAUGUCAACAUUUGGACUCGAUAUGGGAUUUUUAAUAGAAGAAUACGCAGCCGGAAAGGGAGCGUAUCCUAUUAAGAAACGUAGAAAAAAGAAUAGUAUUUAUAUUUGUACAAUUGAAAAAGCAUUGGGAGUUGUCAAUUAUUUAAUAGAAGAAAAUCGUCUCGAUGAGAUUGGAACUGUCGUUGUUGAUGAAUUACAUUUACUUGGAGAUAAUGGAGGCCGAGGUGCAACUUUAGAGGGUUUAUUAACAAAAAUUAUGUUUGUUAACGCGAAAAUUCACAUAAUCGGUAUGAGUGCAACGAUAGGAAAUUCAAAAGAAAUUGCAAAAUUUUUAAAUGCCGAUCUAUAUGAAGAUAAUUUUCGACCUGUGCAAAUUCACGAGUAUGUUAAGUGUAAUUCAGAAAUGUGUAAAAUUGAUAAGAAAUCGGAGGAAAUUUUCACGAGCAAGGAAGUCAAAGCGUAUCCGUAUUAUUCGAAGGAAGCGUUGACAAUCGAUCCUGAUUGUAUCGGUGGUUUAGUUAAUGAAAUAGUACCAAAUGAUUCAUGUUUAAUAUUUUGCUCGAAUCGUAAAGGUUGCGAGAACGUUGCAAAAUUACUGACGAAAGUUUUAUUCAGAAAUUUACUGGAACAUAAUAAAGAGGCGAAACAGUAUUUAGAGUCAGCCUUAGGCCAGGAGGGAAGAAUUUGUCCAGUUUUAAGAAAAACGAUAAGAUUCGGAGUUGCCUAUCAUCAUUCGGGACUCACUGCUGAGGAGAGGAAAUUAAUUGAAGAUGCAUUUAGAAGUGGAACGUUGUGCGUUAUUUGUUGUACUUCAACUUUAGCCGCCGGUGUCAAUUUACCAGCAAGAAGAGUGUUACUGAGAUCCCCUUACAUUGGAACUGAAUUUCUAAAUACGAGUCGAUAUAAACAAAUGAUUGGCAGAGCAGGAAGAGCAGGAAUGAACGAAAUUGGAGAAAGUAUUGUAAUUUGUAAAGCAGAAGACAUUCCGAAGAUAAGAACUCUAGUGACAGCGAAAAUAGAAGACAUUUUAAGUUCACUUCACACUGAACAAGAUCGUGGUCUCAAUAAUUUGAUACUUAGUUCUGUAUUAUUGAAAAUAGCGACGACAAAAGCUAGAUUGAAAAUGCUUAUUGACAGGAGUCUAAUGAAAUUACAAGAGAAACGAUUGUGCAUCAAAAUCGAUGAGAUUCUUGAGAGGACAAUAAAUGGUCUUUUAGAGAAAGAAAUUUUAAUUGCCACAAAUAACAGUGGAACGAAAUUAGAUUUAAAAGAAUGCCAGGAAAUUAAUGAUGACACUGAAUUGGAUUUGAGUCCUUUGGGAAAAGCCGCAAUGAAAGCUUGUAUCGAUUUACCGGUGGCUUACGAUUUAUACGAUGAUUUAAAGGAGGCUCAGCGUUCUGUUAUUCUCGACGACACUCUUCAUCUUUUGUAUUUAGUCACUCCUUACGAUUUGACAAAAGUUGUCAAUCCUUCAGGAUCUGUUUAUUCCGAAGUGGUAAUUAAAUUAGAUAAAUAUCAAAUGAAUAUUGCGAGACGAAUCGGAAUUACGGAGGCCAGCAUUUGUAAAUUAAUGUCCGGAUUAUUACCCAAGGAUGUUCCUGAGAGAAUUGUUAAAAGAUUUUACAUAACUUUGAUGCUACAAGAAUUGUGGCAGCGAAAAUCCGUUCAUGACGUUGCUGACAAAUAUCAAGUGAAUCGAGGGACAAUUCAAUUUCUCUUAACUUCUGCCGCCACUUUUGCUUCAUCAGUCGUUCGAUUUUGUGAUAAUUUACCCGAGUUUUGGACAGUUAAAGAUUUAGUGACGACGUUUAGCAGAAGACUUGAAUAUUGCUGUCCUGAAGAAUUAGAACCUUUAAUGCAAUUGCCUUACGUUCAAUUGGUGAGAGCCCGACAAUUGUAUAAAGCGGGCUUUCAAACAGUGACAUCAAUUGCAAACGCAACUCCCCAAGAGCUCGUAAAACAAAUUUCCUAUUUACCUCGACAAACGGCCGUUCAAAUAAUCGCUGCCGCCAACGUAAUUGUCGUUAAUAGUGAAACUUUUGAUUAUUGAAAUCGUGGAAACAUGUCGAGACAAAGCUGCAGAGGCACAAGAGGGUUUAAUUCAUAGAGGUGAUCUCAGUUUUUUGUUCGACGACAGUUUUGAAUAAUAAUUAAGAUAAGAAAUCUAACCCUCAGGAAUAGAUUAUCAAUCCAAAGACUGAAGUAUUUAAAUUUAAAAUAUGUUUAAAAAAAGGGAAGAAAAAAUUAAGAAUAUUUUUUCUCUCAUAUAAUUUUUUACUUGUGAUUCUUACUUGUUAAUUAAUAAUUACUGUUAAUUACGA